AUGGCUGCUGUUCCUCUCAAUAAUCUGCAGGAGCAACUAGAGCGUCACUCAGCCAGAAAACUGAAUAAUAAAUUGAGCCUUUCAAAACCAAAGACUUUAGGCUUUACUUUUAAAAAGAAAACUUCAGAGAGUGAUGUGUCUGUAACCAGUGUGUCAAUAGUAAAAACACCUGUGUUAAGUAAUAAAGAUGUGAAUGUGGUUGAGGCCUUUCCCUUCUCUGAGCCUUUGGUCCACACACCCCGUCAGCAGACGAAGGUUGAUGGCUUCUUAAAAACCACGCCAGCAGAACAGCAAACAAGGGGGACCAGUUCAAAACCAUCACCAGCAGAUUUGUCACAGGUCCCACGGGAAACAAUAUGUACUAACCCAAACACCCCAGCUAGAAACAAAUCCCACACUGCAACUUUCAAGAAAUUGGAAUUUAGUUCUUCACUGGAUUCUUUGGACCCCAUCAAUGAUUGGGAUGAUAUGGACGACUUUGAUACUUCGACAUCAAAAGCAUUUAUUACACCAUCCAAAAAUAACGUCCUAAGAGUAAGCACUGCUCAGAAACCAAAAAAGACUAAGAGAAACACUUUUAAGCCACCUAAUAAAACAAACAGAAUAAAGGCCGAUCUGACCUCCUCUGCCGAAAGCCAGCAAGUGGAUUUAACUAAGGAGCAGGAUGAUGACUUGGAAUGCUUAAGCAGCGAUGUGGUUUGCAUUGAUGAUGACCCCUUUUCCCAAGAGCUUAUAAAGAAAGCAACUCCAGAAAGUCUCUCUCUGAAAACUCACUCGGAAGAUGAAAGAGAUAAUAGUGGAAAGAAGAAACUUGAAGUUGAGUUCUGUUCAGCUGAGAACUCUCUAUGUCUUAAGCUUGAUGAUGAUGAUGAUGAUGAUGUAGAUUUUGUUCCGCCUUCUCCACAAGAAGAACUUACUUCUACUGCUUCUUCCUCUUUGAAAUUCUCUAGUAUGUUAAAGGAUCUUGAUGACUCUGACAGAGAGAAAGACAUUCUUAGCACAUCCAAAGACUGUUUGUUAAAACCAGAGCAAAUGAUUCCACCGGAACCUGACCCAGAAACCACUACAGACUGUGACGGUACAGAAAGCAAACAAACCAAACAGAUAAGCUUACAGCAGGAGCUCAUUCAUGUGAUGGACCACAUCUGUAAAUUAGUUGAUACCAUUCCUGUUGAUGAACUGAAAGCUUUGAGUUGUGGGAAUGAGCUGCUCCAACAGAGAAACAUAAGAAGGAAACUCCUAGCAGAAGCAGAUUUUAAUAGCAAUGAUGGCAGUCUUCUGGGUUCAUUGUGGAGACAUGGGCCUGAUUCACUUGGUACCACUGUGGAGGGUGAUUCUUGCCCUGUGAGGAAUCCUGUCAAGGAGUUAGAUUUUCCAUGCUUUCCCUCAAAUUCUCUUUCCGCUGGAGAGUCUUUACUGACCACCACCCCAGUAAAGACAGGGUUCUCAGCUACCGUGAAGAAUCUCACUGAAAAACCAGUUCUGAGUUCCCAUUUACAGAAGUCCUUUGUAAGUAGCAAGUGGGCUGAAACACCAAGGACAGAAAAAAGAAAUGAAAGUUCUUAUUUCCCGGGCAAUGUUCUCACAAGCACUGCUGUGAAAGAUCAGAAUAAACAUGCUACCUCAAGAACUACCAUAGAAGAAGAAAUCCAGGCUUCCUAUGAUAUUGAUAAUUUUGACAUAGAUGACUUUGAUGAUGAUGAUGAUGACUGGGAAAAUAUAAUGCAUAAUUUAACAGCCAGCAAAUCUUCCACAGCUACCUACCCACCUAUCAAGGAAGGUAGGCCAAUGAAAUCAUUAUCAGAGAGAAUUUCUUCAGUCAAGACAGACUGUCUUCCUGUGGCAUCUACUGCUCAAAAUAAAAACUCCUCAGAGUCAAUUCAGAAUUGUACUGACAAGUCGGUGCAAAAUGUAACUUCCAGAAAUCUGAAACAUGAACACUUCCAAAGUCUUACUUUUCCUCAUACAAAAGAAAUGAUGAAGAUUUUUCAUAAAAAAUUUGGCCUGCAUAAUUUCAGAACGAAUCAGCUAGAGGCGAUCAAUGCUGCGCUGCUUGGUGAAGACUGUUUUAUCCUAAUGCCCACUGGAGGUGGUAAAAGUUUGUGUUACCAGCUUCCUGCCUGUGUUUCUCCUGGAGUCACUAUUGUCAUUUCUCCCCUAAGGUCGCUAAUAGUAGAUCAGGUCCAAAAGUUGACCUCUUUGGAUAUUCCAGCUACAUAUUUGACGGGUGAUAAAACUGACUCAGAAGCUGCAAAUAUAUACCUCCAAUUGUCAAAAAAAGAUCCAAUUAUAAAACUUUUAUAUGUUACUCCAGAGAAGAUCUGUGCAAGUAACCGGCUUAUUUCCACUCUGGAGAAUCUGUAUGAAAGGAAGCUCUUGGCACGUUUUGUUAUUGAUGAAGCACAUUGUGUGAGUCAGUGGGGACAUGAUUUUCGCCAAGAUUACAAAAGAAUGAAUAUGCUUCGCCAGAAGUUUCCUUCUGUUCCAGUGAUGGCUCUUACCGCCACAGCAAAUCCCAGGGUGCAAAAGGACAUCCUCACUCAGUUGAAGAUUCUCAGACCUCAGGUGUUUAGCAUGAGCUUCAACAGACAUAAUCUGAAAUACUAUGUAUUACCAAAAAAGCCUAAAAAAGUGGCAUUUGACUGCUUAGAAUGGAUCAGAAAGCAUCACCCACAUGACUCAGGGAUAAUUUACUGCUUGUCCAGGCGAGAAUGCGACACAAUGGCCGACACGUUACAGAGAGCCGGGCUGGCUGCUCUGGCUUACCAUGCCGGCCUCAGUGACUCGGCCCGAGAUGAAGUGCAGCACAAGUGGAUCAACCAGGACGGCUGCCAGGUUAUCUGUGCGACAAUUGCAUUUGGAAUGGGAAUUGACAAACCCGAUGUGCGAUUUGUGAUUCACGCAUCCCUCCCUAAAUCUGUGGAGGGAUACUACCAAGAAUCUGGCAGAGCUGGAAGAGAUGGGGAAAUAUCUCACUGUCUGCUUUUCUAUACCUACCAUGAUGUGACCAGACUGAAGAGACUUAUAAUGAUGGAAAAAGACGGAACCUACCAAACAAAAGAGACGCAUGUCAAUAAUUUGUACAGCAUGGUACAUUACUGUGAAAAUAUAACAGAAUGCAGGAGAAUACAGCUUUUGGCUUACUUUGGUGAACAUGGAUUUAACCCUGAGUUUUGUAAGAGAUAUCCAGAUGUUUCUUGUGACAAUUGCUGUAGAGCAAAGGAUUAUAAAACAAGAGAUGUGACUGAUGAUGUGAAAAAUAUUGUCAGAUUUGUUCAAGAACAUAGUUCAUCACCAGGGAUAAGAAAUAUAGGUCCUUCUGGAAGGUUUACUCUGAACAUGCUGGUCGACAUUUUCUUGGGGAGUAAGAGUGCAAAGAUCCAGUCAGGUAUAUUUGGAAGGGGAUCUGCUUAUUCACGACACAAUGCUGAAAGACUUUUUAAAAAGCUGAUACUGGACAAGAUUUUGGAUGAAGACUUAUACAUCAAUGCCAAUGACCAAGCUAUUGCCUAUGUGAUGCUGGGAACUAGAGCUCAAACUGUGCUAAAUGGGCAUCUAAAGGUAGACUUCAUGGAAACAGAAAAUUCCAGCAGCAUGAAAAAACAAAAAGCUUUAGUGGCCAAAGUAUCUCAGAGGGAAGAGAUGGUUAAGAAAUGUCUUGGAGAACUUACAGAGGUCUGCAAGUCUCUGGGGAAAGUCUUUGGUGUCCAUUACUUCAAUAUCUUCAAUACGGCCACUCUCAAGAAGCUUGCAGAAUCUUUAUCUUCCAGUCCUGAGGUCUUGCUUCAAAUUGAUGGUGUCACAGAAGACAAGCUGGAAAAAUAUGGUGCAGAAGUGAUUCCCAUAUUACAGAAGUACUCAGAGUGGACAGUGCCAGCUGAGGAGAACUCCCCAGGCACAAGCCUGUCCAGCAGCCGAGGUGUGGGAAGGAGCACCGCAGAGGAGCCCAGCAAGGAAGGGCCCGUAUCAUCUCACUACUUUUCCAAGCACACCAGAGAUGAAAGGAAGAGGAAAAGGAUGCCAGCCUCCCCAAAGCCCAAGAGGAGAAGAACCAGUUACGGCGGCUGCAGGGCAAGGGGGGGAUCUACCGCAUGCAGAAAAACAUCUUCUAAAAGUAAGCCCUCCAGCAAAGCUGGAGCCGGUCCAGCCUUGCAUGGUUCUCAAGCAGCAUCGGGAGCCAGUAGAAAAUUGGGGAUUAUGGCUCCACCAAAGCCUAUUAAUAGACCAUUUCUCAGGCCUUCGUAUGCAUUUUCAUAACAGCCCGUCUCAGUAUACAUAGAUCUUCCUGUUUGCCAGCAUCCGACCAUCUGUGAAUAUAAAGCUGUUAUAGUCUGGUUACACCAUUUGAAGUUUUUACUCCUAUCUAUUAAUAUUUAAAUAAAUUAUGUGCGUGACAGUG